UUCCUACUUUAAAUGCAACCCAGGGAGGUUUCUCAAUGCAAGGAGUUGCCAGAGAAGAAGAAGGAUCACAACUUCAGGAUACCAGGGUGAUUGAAACACAUCACAAUGCUAAGUAGAGUCAGCUUAAGGAAUUCAGGUCCGAGAGCUGUGUUUUACAGAACGGAUGAUGGUUUUGAGGACAUAGUUACUGGAUCCUUGCUGAAAUCCCCUCCAACAGGCCUUUUAAAGACUCUUAAAUCUUGGAAGAGGCGAUUUUUUGUACUUAAAAAAACAAGUGACAAUGCAUAUAUCCUUAAAUACUACAAGAGUGAUGAGGAUAGAUCAAAACCACAAGGAGUAAUAGAUAUAUCUACCAUUUCCUAUAUUUACUUGAGUCCCGAAAACCAUGUGAAGUGGAACGUGAUUCAGAAGAUGUUCAAAUGUUCCCCCGAAAUGGUGCUUUUUAUCCGUUCUGGUCUUAGGGAUUAUUUCCUCAUUGGAGAAAACAAAGAAGAAAUGGAUCUUUGGUUUGAAUCCAUAUAUAAUAUACUGAUGUCAUUAUCACAAAAAGAACAUUGGAGCCCAGAGCGAGUGGAGUGUCUAACACAGCGAACAAGAAUAGGAUCCAAAGACAGCUUUAGUGAUCAGGGCUCGCUUGAUGAGGAAGAAUUAAAAAUAAGAUCAUCUUCUGAUCCGGAAAUGACAAAGGAAUGCAGCAGUAUAAAAGAGGGUGAAUCAAAAUCACGAUCAUCUUCUAAUCCUGAAACAGCAAAGGGAUGCAGCACUAUGACAGAGGCGUCUGCAAAUUCAUCUCACAAUGUGGACAGCAGCCCCAGAUACUCUGACCCUGAGGUGGCGAUCUGCCCUUCACCUGCCUACUACGACGUGCCUAGGAAUAUUAUGAAAGAUGUUACGGAAAGAAAUGGGAGAGAUUUUGAGAAGACAGAAGAAAAUGGUCCUAGCUUUUAUAUGGAAAUGGAAUCAGUCUACAAAACCGCAAAAGAAGUCCAACCCAGUAACACAGAUGACGCUGCACCUCCCUGUUCAAAGGACAAAGAUGACUUAGGGGAAUCUAAUGAAAGUCUUUUACAUACUAUUAACGUGGCUUUGGAAGGCCUACAGUUCCAGAUAAAACUGCUGAAUGAAGACCAGCAACGUCAAACUGUAGGAAUCACUGAAAACCAAAUACCAGUGGAAAAGGAUGUGUACAUAAACCAGAGUGACUUGAAAGACUCUCUGUUCUUGACUGAGGUGGAUGGAAAACCAUGCAUCUCCCAGUGUCUUGGUCUGCCAAACUCUGGAUGCCUCUUUCACAAAGGAGACCAGAUACUUGCAGUGAAUGAUCUUCAGACGCAGAAUGUAAAGGAAGUACAGACGUACCUGAGCAAGUUGCUGAAGGCACAGGUGAAAAUAACAAUUCAAAGAAUACCAGGGUCAGGGUUGUUGAAUUCGGACACAUGUGCCUGUGACUGAGGGAAAAAUAUGAAUGGAAUUAACUUGUGGCAAAUGAUUGGUGAGGACUUCCUUUCACCAUAAGGAGUGUAAGGAAUCAGAAGGGGCACCUGAUUCAAGAGGCAUAACUGGAAUUCCUGCUUACCCAAAGCCACAGCUAUCGUAGUGAUGCCUGUCUUCCUUUCAGAAAGUUCCAUCUGGUAUAUGGUAUCCCACACACCUUUUCUACCACAGACUGUCAGCUCUCUCCUCAUCACGAGCAAUAUACUGUCGAUGUUUAUCCCCUUUCCUCCUCCCAAGCUGGGAAAUUAACAGUUAUACAUUUACCUUCAGUGCACAAAGGUUGAACAGUAAAACAGAAAAUGACACAUUGUUUCAGAUGGAGAAACGUUCCCAGGCCAAAUGAUGUUUUGGAGCUCAUGUGUUCAUUUUUUUAAAAUGACAAGUGAUCACUGUUUUUCAGUCAGUGUUUCAAUGCCUUAUCUUGACUAGAAUAGGUAAUACGAGUAAAACUACCUUCCAGUGAACUCCAAUCCUACUUUAGGUUGAAGGGUUUUCAUAUUUCAUAGAAUGAUAAAGAAAUAGCUGGCUUUAGCCUACUGCUUACAGCAUUAAGUAGUAAGAGGAUACAAAUAUCCUCUGUUAUAUGGUGACAUUGUGAGCUGUUAAGGUGCAGCCAUAAACCCCACUACAACUUUUACCUGUUCUUUAUUAAGGUAAUUAUGUUUGUACAGUAGCUAUCUGUAAAAUUCUUUAAUGUAAAUGUAUUUAUUUCUUACAGGACAAAUGACACUUUCUAAUUGACAGCAUACUGUAAAUUGUACUUUAUGUAAUAUCUUUACCAUGUUUUAUUAACAUGCACUCUUUCUAGGACUUUUAAAUUGCAGGACUGAGAUGAUGUGUGUUUUAUCAAUAAUCAGUUGAAUAGCCUUUCUUAAUAAAGUCCUGAUGUAAAGUACACUGCAUAUCUACUUCCUGUAAUCUGUAUUGUACUAAAAUAAUAAAACUAUAUUGUACUAAAUUAAAAAAUGC